CUCUCUCUCUCUCUCUCUCUCAUGGAUUGGGUACUAGCUUCACACAAACUACAGGGGACUCUAGAAGAAAGAGACACAAACAAAACAGAGAGAGAUGCCCAAUUAAUUUAGCCUUUAGAGAGCUCAACAACCUCUUUGAACCUUCAAAGCUGCUGUAUAGACGCAUCCAACACAACACAUUUCACAAUGUCUUUAAAUCUCUCACCCAACCCUUCAUUAUUAUCCCAUCUCUUUCUCUCUCUCUCUCUCUCUCAAAACCCAUGUACCACAAUAUGUGGAACUCCUCUGCAACUAUGUUUGCUAGAACAGGGGAAAACGGAGGCUGCGAUGACGAGGAGGCUCUUCGGUGGGCUGCUCUGCAGAGAUCUCCGACCUAUGUUCAAGCUCGGACCUCGUUUUUUCGGAACAUUGCCGGAGAAAUAUCGGUGGUUGAUGUUGGUAAUCUCGAAGUUCAAGAGAAAACCUUAGUCUUGGAUAAGUUGGUUAGUGCGGUUAAUGAUGAUAUAGAGUUGUUCUUCAAUAGAAUCAAGCGAAGAUUCAAUGCAGUUCAUUUGGAAUUCCCAAAAGUUGAGGUUCGGUUUCAGGACCUGUGUGUCGAUGCUUUUGUCCAUGUUGGAAGCAGAGCACUGCCCACUAUUCCCAAUUUCAUUUUUAACAUGACUGAGACUUUCUUGGGGAAGUUGAGGAUUUUUCCGGGCAGAAGAAAGAAAUUGUCAAUUUUAAACAACAUCAGUGGUAUUAUUAGGCCUUCCAGAUUGACUUUGCUUUUGGGUCCUCCAAGCUCUGGUAAGACAACAUUUCUUUUGUCCCUUGCUGGACGGCCUGGACCUGGUCUGCAGAUGUCAGGGAGAAUUACAUACAAUGGACACGAUCUGAAGGAGUUUGUUCCCCAGAGAACUUCUGCUUAUGUCAGCCAGCAGGAUUGGCAUAUGGCAGAGAUGACAGUAAGAGAAACUCUUGAGUUCUCAGGACGUUGUCAGGGCGUUGGAUUUAAGCAUGAUAUGCUUUCGGAACUUUUGAAAAGAGAGAAGCAAAACAGGGUAAUUCCUGAUGAAGAACUUGAUAUAUUUAUUAAGGCAUUAGCACUCGGAGAACAUAAAACUCUGGUUGUGGAGUACAUUAUGAAGAUUUUAGGAUUAGACAUUUGCGAGGACACAUUGGUGGGGGAUGACAUGCUUAAAGGAAUCUCCGGAGGCCAAAAGAAGCGUCUUACUACUGGUGAAUUGCUAGUCGGUCCAUCUAGAGUACUUUUCAUGGAUGAGAUAUCAACUGGACUUGAUAGUUCAACUACUCAUCAAAUAAUCAAAUAUCUUAGAUAUGCAACUCAUGCUCUUGAUGAGACCACAGUCGUCUCCCUUCUACAACCAGAUCCCGAGACUUAUGAGCUGUUUGACGAUAUUAUUCUUUUGUCUGAGGGACAGAUCGUAUAUCAAGGACCCCGUGAGGCUGCUCUUGAAUUCUUUACACAUAUGGGGUUUCAGUGUCCAGAUAGAAAAAAUGUGGCUGAUUUUUUGCAGGAAGUAUUAUCAGAAAAGGAUCAAGAACAGUAUUGGUUCCUCGAUAGCCACUACCAGUAUAUACCCGUGGCAAGGUUUGCAGAAGCUUUUCAAUCAUUUUGCGUGGGCAGUGCUUUGUCACAAGAUCUAGCUGUUCCCUAUGAUAGACGUUAUAAUCAUCCGGCAGCCCUGUCAACUUCUACCUAUGGUGUGAAGAGGACAGAGCUUCUCAAGAUCAGCUUUUCCUGGCAGAUGUUGCUGAUGAAACGGAAUUCAUUCGUUUAUAUCUUUAAAUUCGUGCAGCUUCUGUUGAUUGUUGUGAUCAUGAUGACUGUAUUUUUCCGAACAACAAUGCAUCAUGAUACAUUGGUUGAUGGAGGAAUCUAUCUGGGUGCACUCUACUUUGCUAUGGUUAUGAUUCUUUUCAAUGGCUUCAUGGAGGUCCCAAUGUUGAUAGCGAAACUUCCCGUUCUUUACAAACACCGGGAUUUACUCUUCUAUCCUUGUUGGGUUUAUACUCUUCCUUCUUGGGUUUUGAGUAUUCCAGCUUCACUUGUCGAGUCUGCCAUCUGGGUGGCAGCUACAUACUAUGUGGUCGGGUUUGAUCCUCAAAUAACUAGAUGCUUUAAGCAGUUUAUGCUAUAUUUCUUUCUGCACCAGAUGUCAAUAGCUCUUUUCCGUGUGAUGGCUUCACUUGGCCGCAACAUGAUAGUUGCCAACACCUUUGGAUCAUUUGCAUUGUUGGUUGUCAUGGCUCUUGGAGGAUUUAUACUCUCCAGAGACAGCAUUCCAUCUUGGUGGAUCUGGGGUUACUGGUUUUCCCCUUUGAUGUAUGCUCAAAAUGCUGCUUCUGUGAAUGAAUUUCUUGGGCAUUCAUGGGACAAGACAGCUGGGAAAUACACAGCUUUGAAUUUGGGCGAGAUGUUACUGAAAGCCCGCAGCUUAUUUCCUGAGAGCUAUUGGUUUUGGAUUGGUGUGGGCGCUUUGCUUGGUUAUACAAUUUUGUUCAACAUCCUCUUCACACUUGCUUUGACUUACCUCAACCCCCUUGGAAAUCAUCAAGCAGUUGUUUCCAAGGAAAAGCUCCAACGCAAAGCAAAGAAAACCGUGAGCGAAUGCAUUAUUGAGCUGCAAGAAUAUUUGCAACAUUCACACUCGUAUACAGGAGAUAUUAGAAGGAAGAGAGGCAUGGUUCUUCCAUUUCAACCUCUUUCCAUGACUUUCAACAAUCUUAGUUACUAUGUGGAUGUCCCUGUGGAAUUGAAGAAGCAGGGUGUAAUAGUAGACAGGCUGCAGCUGUUAGUUAACAUUACUGGAGCAUUUCGGCCAGGUGUGCUUACCGCAUUGGUUGGUGUCAGUGGUGCUGGUAAAACUACUCUAAUGGAUGUUCUAGCUGGUAGAAAAACCGGUGGAACUAUUGAAGGGACCAUACAUAUUUCUGGGUACCCUAAAAAGCAAGAAACAUUUGCAAGGAUAGCUGGCUAUUGUGAACAGAAUGAUAUUCACUCUCCGUGUUUGACAGUUCGUGAAUCGCUCAUAUUUUCUGCUUUGCUGCGGUUACCUUCUCAUGUUGACUCGCGAACGCAAAAGGAAUUUGUGGAUGAGAUAAUGAAACUUGUAGAGCUCACUCCAUUAAGCGAAGCUUUAGUUGGUUUACCGGGAGUGGAUGGGUUAUCGACAGAGCAAAGAAAAAGGCUGACCAUUGCUGUCGAGCUUGUUGCCAAUCCUUCCAUUGUCUUCAUGGAUGAACCAACUUCAGGACUCGAUGCCAGAAGUGCUGCUAUUGUCAUGAGAACCGUGAGGAAUAUUGUCAACACAGGGCGGACAAUUGUUUGCACGAUUCACCAGCCCAGCAUCGAUAUCUUUGAAUCCUUUGACGAGCUUCUACUCAUGAAACGUGGAGGGAAGCUAAUCUAUGCCGGUCCACUGGGCACACAGUCUUCUAAACUUAUUCAGUUUUUUGAGGCAGUUCAAGCAGUCCCAAAGAUCAGAUAUGGGUAUAACCCUGCUACUUGGAUUCUAGAGAUCUCUUCUCCAGCAGAAGAAACCCGACUUGGUGUGGAUUUUGCAGAAGUUUAUCAGAAAUCAAGUUUAUUUCAGAGAAAUAAAGAACUUGUGGAAGAGUUAAGCAAACCAAAUACGGAUACAAGAGAUUUAAUCUUCCCAUCAAAAUAUUCUCUAUCAUUUUUUUCCCAGUUCCUAGCGUGUCUUUGGAAGCAAAACCUGUCAUACUGGAGGAAUCCACAGUACACUGCUGUACGCUUCUUUUACACGGUCAUCAUAUCGUUGAUGUUUGGUACAAUAAGCUGGAAAUUUGGAUCUAAAAGGGACAACCAGCAGGAUAUCUUCAAUGCAAUGGGAUCCAUGUAUACAGCAGUACUAUUCAUGGGAAUCACAAACGCCACGGCCGUACAACCCGUUGUAUAUGUUGAAAGGUUUGUUUCAUAUCGAGAAAGAGCAGCAGGGAUGUACUCGGCUCUAACAUUUGCAUUCGCACAGGUUGUCAUCGAGUUCCCUUAUGUGCUUGUACAGUCAGUUAUUUACAGUGCUAUCUUCUACUUCAUGGCUUCUUUCGAGUGGAGCCCUUUGAAGUUUGUUUGGUACUUGUACUUCAUGUAUUUCACCUUGUUAUACUUCACCUUCUUCGGAAUGAUGACUAUUUCUGUCACGCCCAACCAUAACGUUGCUGCAAUCCUUGCUGCUCCGUUUUACAUGAUGUGGAACCUUUUCAGCGGAUUCAUGAUUCCUCGAAUGAGGAUCCCAAUUUGGUGGAGAUGGUAUUAUUGGGCAAACCCAAUAGCUUGGAGCUUGUAUGGCCUUUUGACAUCCCAAUAUGGAGAAAUGGAAGAAAAAUUGAAGCUCUCUGAUGGGAGUCAAUCAAUGCCAAUAAAACAGUUUCUUAAGGACCAGUUUGGAUACAAAUAUGAAUUCUUGGACUUUGCUGCCAUUGCAGUGGCUGGUUUCUGUUUGAUCUUUGCAGUGACUUUCGCUUUCGCAAUCAAAACCUUCAACUUCCAAAGGAGAUGAUGAUGAAGAGGAAGAAGAGCACAGCAUAGUCCACUUCAACUUCUAACAUAUAAGCUUUUCCAGUUUUAUUGUAGAAGAAGAAAGGAAUAUGAAUUAUAUGUGCUUUCAUAAAGAGCUGAGAACAGAAUUACUCAGUGGAGAUUUACAUAAGGUUUCAAAGGACUUUAAAUUAUAUUACACAUAUCACAUAGAGAAGUCUAAUUUCAAUUCAAGUUGUAUAUGACUGUUUUAUACAUAAAGAAUCAUGGAAAGAUCUCAUCCAGAUUUUAUUCUAUUGCAACUUUUGAGAGUAUUUUUUUUUUCUUGUUUCUUUUUAAAUUUUGAGAUUCUAUACUAAAACGUUUAGUGUAACUU